AUGCGAUCCCUGAACAUUACGCCGGAACAGUUCGCGCAGCUCUUGCGGGACAAUAACAUAACCCGCGAGCAGUUCAUUGCACUCUAUGGGCUCCAGCCGCUGGUCUACAUCCCGGAGCUACCCGAGCGCGCCAAGCUGGCCUUCAUGCUCACUUGCGCGGCGAUCUUCGGCCUGGCGCUCUUCGGAAACUGCCUAGUGCUCUACGUGGUGACCCGCCGCAAAGCCAUGCGGACCGUCACCAACAUCUUCAUCUGUUCGUUGGCCCUCAGCGACCUGCUCAUUGCUUUCUUCUGCGUCCCUUUCACUUUGCUGCAGAAUAUCUCCAAUAAUUGGCUGGGAGGUGCAUUUGCUUGCAAGAUGGUGCCAUUUGUGCAAUCUACUGCAAUAGUUACUGAGAUACUUACAAUGACUUGUAUUGCUCUAGAAAGGCAUAAUGGCAUUGUUCACCCUCUAAAAAUGAAAUGGCAGUAUACCCACAGAAGAGCAUAUACAAUAUUGGGCAUUGUUUGGCUGUUGGCUGCUGCUGUUGGUUCACCAAUGUGGCAUGUACAAAGAGUGGAGAAUAAAUAUGACUUCCUUUAUGAAAUGGAAUAUGUUUGCUGCUUGGAAGAAUGGCCAAGUCCUGUCCACCAAAAAAUUUAUGCGACUUUCAUUUUGGUCAUUCUUUUCCUUCUCCCAUUGAUCCUAAUGUUGUUGCUUUAUAGCAAGAUUGGUUAUGAGCUCUGGAUUAAGAAAAGAGUUGGAGAUGCUUCUGUUCUCAAGAGCAUUCAUGCAAGUGAGAUGUCUAAAAUUUCUCGAAAGAAGAAGCGAGCAAUCGUGAUGAUGGUGACUGUUGUGGUUUUGUUUGCUAUUUGUUGGACACCCUUUCAUGUAAUGCACAUGUUAAUAGAAUACAGUAAUUUUGAAAGAGAAUACGAUGAUGUCACUAUUAAGAUGAUAUUUGGAAUUGUUCAGGUAAUUGGAUUUGCUAAUUCAAUUUGCAAUCCAAUUGUAUAUGCAUUUAUGAAUGAGAACUUCAAGAAGAACUUCCUCUCUGCAAUUUGCUUUUGCAUUUUGAAAGAAAACUUGUCUCCAUUCAGACAACACAAAAACUUGAAAAUCACAAUGAUGCAGCACGAGGAAGGGGCCUGUAGAAGAGAGUUGAUCUCUCUGAAAGAGACUAGAAGAGAAGCAUUCAGUGAAGGCAACAUUGAAGUAAAAUUCUGUGACCGACCCUCCAGAAGACACCUGGCUUUGUUCUCAUCAUAA